AAUCGAGACCAAUCGAGACGUAGACCCUGCUUGUGUCAAAAUUUUGCAAUACAUAAAUAGUAUGUUUUUGGGCAUUUAGACAGAAAGUAAUUUUAACUCACGGCAUGAAUGCCCUUCUCGGAGUAGUUUUCCUGCUCUUUGCAGCAGUUCCGUGCAUUCAGGGUCAGUACGAGGACGCGAGGUGUAAAUGCAUUUGUCCCAACCCUUCUGUUGUGAAUGCAACGACCGAGUCGAACAGAAAACACUACAUCGGCAAUGUCCCUCCAAACAAAUGCAACUGCGACUCGGUUGUCCUAGCCAAGGUUGGCGACCUCAUCAAGGGCAAGGAGCAGGAGUUUUGCCCCCGAUGCGAGUGUAAAUACGAGAGCCGAAACACUACAACCAUUAAAGUCGUGGUCAUCAUUGUGGUGUGGGCCGUGUCGCUGCUUGUCGUUUACAUGCUCUUCCUCGUCUGCCUGGAGCCUCUGAUCAGCGGCCGAACGGGCAAGAGCUACCAGGAACACGUAGACGAGGACGAAAGUCACCAAAUGACGACGACGCAGCAAGGCGGGGUCCUGGACCGGGUGGGUCACCAACAGGACAAGUGGAAGCGGCAGGUGCGGGAACAGAGAAGGAACAUUUACGACCGACACACUAUGUUAAAUUAGUCGGCAAAACAAUAAUUCCAAUGAAUCUUAUGCUAUUAAAUCUGGUCUAGUACUCUUAAGUUUCAUUAAAUGUAAAGUUUAAGAAGUGAUAA